CCAGCAACCAGGCUAUCAACACCACAACCACCAUGGGAUCCCUUUUCGAGCAACCUAGAAACGCCGGAACCCUGUGUAAGCUAUCUGCGAGGCUUCUAAAUGCUGUUCCAACUAACAUAUCCUAGUCCUGGGCGGUCAGAAAAUCAGUGGGUCGGAUAUUCGCGAUCAGAAUGGUAUGCACUUUACGAGCUUUUGCAGACAAAGAGGCUGACCUGGGGGAACAGUCCUUGCUACACAAGCCAUCUCAAAUGUGGUGAAGACCUCGUUUGGGCCCAGUGGCCUUGACAAAAUGAUGGUGGACGAUAUUGGAGUAGGCCCCCAUGCCCCGCUUCCUACUUGCAGGUAGCUAACAACUCUUAGGAUGUAACAGUCACGAACGAUGGCGCAACCAUUCUCAGUUUACUCGACGUCGAACAUCCAGCAGGAAAGAUCUUGGUUGAUUUAGCGCAGCAGCAAGAUAAGGAAGUCGGAGAUGGAACAACUUCUGUAGUUAUUAUUGCCGCAGAGCUACUCAGAAGAGCCAACGAGCUCAUGAAAAACCGAAUACACCCAACAACCAUUAUCACCGGAUAUCGAUUAGCCCUCCGAGAAGCCGUCAAAUACAUGCACGAAAAUAUCAGUGUCAAGGUGGACCAGCUAGGCCGAGAAUCUCUCAUCAACAUUGCCAAAACCUCCAUGUCCAGCAAGAUUAUCGGAUCUGACUCAGAUUUCUUCGCGGAUAUGGUUGUUGAUGCUAUGCAAGCUGUCAAGUCAACGAACAACCGACAGGAGGUCAAGUACCCAGUCAAGGCCGUCAACAUCCUCAAGGCGCACGGAAAGGGAGCUUUGGAGUCAAUGUUGGUCAAGGGUUACGCUCUAAACUGCACUGUUGCCUCUCAAGCAAUGACAACCAGAGUCACUGAUGCAAAAAUUGCUGUUUUGGACAUGAAUUUACAGAAGGAGAGAAUGAAACUUGGUGUCCACAUCACAAUCGACGACCCUCAACAAUUGGAACAAAUCCGACAACGUGAGGCAGGAAUGGUUAUGGACAGAGUGGAGAUGAUUUUGAAGGCAGGAGCAAAUGUCGUGUUGACCACGAAAGGUAUCGAUGAUCUGGUUCUCAAGCUCUUUAUUGAGAAGGGAGCUAUGGCUGUGAGAAGGUGUAAAAAGGAAGAUCUCCGACGGAUAGCAAAGGCGACUGGAGCUACUCUUAUCAGCUCUCUUUCGGAUUUGAAUGGAGACGAAAAGUUUGAAGCUUCAUCUUUGGGACAUGCUGAGGAGGUCAUUCAGGAGAGAAUCUCAGACGAUGAGUGUAUUCUCGUCAGAGGAACCAAGGUCCACACUUCUGCAUCCAUCAUUCUUCGCGGACCCAACGAUUAUCAGUUAGAUGAGAUGGAGAGAUCCGUCCACGACUCUCUCUGCGCUGUCAAACGAACCCUGGAAAGUGGAAGCAUCGUUCCAGGUGGUGGUGCAGUCGAGACCGCACUUCACAUCUACCUCGAAGAAUUUGCUGGUACAGUUGGUUCAAGAGAGCAACUUGCUAUUGGCGAAUUCGCUCAAGCUCUUCUUGUCAUCCCAAAAACCCUAGCAGUCAACGCAGCCAAGGAUUCAUCUGAGCUCGUCGCACAACUUCGUUCAAGACAUGCUCUCUCUCAACGUAUCCAAGAAGGUGAUGCCAAUGAAGAUGAAAAGACCAUCGCAAAAAAGAAGAACUACAAGAAUUAUGGUCUCGACCUGACGGCCGGCAAAGUCGUCGACGAGAUCAAGGCUGGUGUUUUAGAGCCAAGCAUGAGCAAGAUUAAACAGUUAAAGUCUGCUGUCGAGGCUUGUAUUUCGAUUAUGAGAAUAGAUACCCUGAUCAAGUUAGAUCCGGAGCAGCGAGGAGAUGAUGAUGGACAUGGACAUUGAUGAGCUAAAUGGGUAUUUGAAGCUGGACAAAACUUUUGAAAACUUGAUGCUUGUAAUUUUAU